AUAAAAGGGAGACGCGCCCAUAUCCUCUUCUGACUCCAUUCAAGCCACGAUGAGCUACGGAUCUGAAGUCUUCUCGUCUUCCUCCUACCGAAGGAUCUUCGGGGAAUCUCCCCGCUAUGCGUCCUCUCCAUCUCGGACAGCCAUGAGUGUGUCCUCGCGGGGGGGUUACCGAGCAUCCUCCGCAUCCCGGAGCCACGUUUCAUCCGCGGGCGCGUACGGCCGAAAAUCCGGACGCUCCUACUCGUCUAUGCCUCUGGAGACCUUCGACCUGGCACAGAGCAGCGUUCUGAACAAUGAGUUCAAAAUUGUCCGUACUAAUGAAAAGGAGCAAAUGCAGGGUCUCAAUGACCGAUUCGCCAUGUUCAUCGAGAAAGUUCGCAACUUGGAGCAGCACAACAAAGUGCUGGAAACCGAGCUGGUGGCCCUGCGUCAGAGGCAGGCGGAACCAUCCCGCCUGGCCGAGCUGUACCAGCAGGAGAUCCGUGAACUGCGCUCACAGUUGGACGAGCUCAAUGGGGAGAAGUCCCAGCUCCUCAUCGAGCGAGAUAGCCUUGACGAUGACCUCCAAAAGCUCAGGGGGAAAUAUGAAGAAGAGUUUCGUUCCCGUGAGGAGGCGGAGGCCACUCUCAAAGCUUUCAAGAAAGAUGUGGAGGACGCCACCAUGGUGCGACUGGACCUAGAGAAGAAGGUGGAAUCUCUCCUUGAUGAAAUCAACUUCCUGAGGAAGGUGCAUGAUGAGGAGGUGGCUGAACUCACGGAUAUGAUCCAGGCUGCUCAGGUGUCUGUGGAAAUGGAGGUCGCCAAGCCAGACCUCACCUCCGCCCUCAAAGAAAUCCGAAGUCAGUAUGAGUCGAUGGCGUCCAAGAACCUGCAGUCCGCCGAGGAAUGGUACAAGACCAAGUUCGCCGACCUCUCUGAGCAGGCCACCCGCAGCAACGAUGCCAUCCGGGCCAGCAGGGAGGAAAUGAGCGAGUUUAGGAGGCAGCUGCAGUCCAAGACCAUCGAGAUUGAAAGCUUGAGAGGCACUAAUGAGUCCCUAGAAAAGCAGCUCAGGGAGAUGGAGGACAGGCACACCGUGGAGAUUGGAAACUACCAGGAUGGCAUAGCAGAGCUGGAAAAUGAGCUGAGGGCAACUAAAAGUGAGAUGGCUCGUCACUUGAGGGAGUACCAAGAUCUGCUGAAUGUCAAGAUGGCUCUCGACAUUGAGAUAGCGGCAUAUAGGAAGCUGCUGGAGGGCGAGGAGACCCGCAUAGGGACAGGGGUCACCUAUCCCAGCCCAUCCAUAACCUCAGGCGGUGGACAGGGCUACAACUACCAGUCCCGCAUCUACACCAGCUCUGGCAAGAGCUCCAAGAGAGAAGGCAAGGAUGAGAGCCAGCCACAGAGUAAGGCUGGGAGCAAGGCCACCCACGAGGUUUAUGAGGAGACAGUGGUCACCACUAAAAAGGUGGAAAAGCAGCAAGAUGCCAGUGAGACCUCCCCCAACCAGAAAAAUUAGGAGCCUAGUUUAGGCCUACUAGACCACUAAACCUUAUUUGUCUUGCAACUGCCCUUCUCCCCUUCUUUGAUCAUUUCCAAUACUAAAACAAACCCAGUGUCUUUACACUUGCAACACCACAGGGACCUAAAAAUGCUAGUUUGCCUUCUCGUAAACAUCUUGUAUUAAUGUGUUGGAUUUGCAGAUAGAAGUACAAUUUGGGAUCUAGAGGUUUGUUUUGUUUCUUUCAGUUUCCCUUAAAUAACACACAAUCCCAGAAGGAAAGUGUCAUUCCCCAAAGGAAAAGCAUUAUAACUCCACUAGUGUCAUAACUCCACGACAACAAUCACUCUAUUCACUUUCUUUCUUUGUCGUUCUCUCACCAAGAAGAAGAAGCUCUUAAACAGCACAUGCUCAAACUGUGGUCUUUUCAUGUACAGUACUCAACUGCUUGUUCACACUUGCAUCAUACAGAUGCACAAAGUAGAUCAGAACUGGUUAAACACCGUGACACCAAUUCAACAAAAAAAGUGUGCAACCACUGUGCGUACUUGAAGGAUGCUUUGAAUACAUCACCUGUAUACUCAGUUUAAUUUAUAUGGAAAAUAGAUUAAAUAGUUCAUUCAGUAAGAAAAAAACAACACUGAACUACAAUAAACCAUCCAGCGUUAACAAUAUAUGGCUGGCCCAAAAUGACUAGCUUGUGAUGUUCCUUAAGCAACUAAAAAAAAAAAUAUAUAAAAAAUUCACCUCGCACAAAUUUUCAAAUCGAUGUUGGUGCAUCAGUUGUUUAAUUGUGCAUGCAUGGGAGCAGCACAAAAGAAGGAGGACAUCCUCAAAGGAACACUGCCCUUUCUAAUCUUAUUGAAUAAUAACAAUCGUUGUAAAGUUAUAAUGAGCAAAAAGGAAAUGUAUGUUAGGCGUGCUUAAUUUGCAUGGCAUAUGUAGAUGUCAACCUGGCAUGGAAUCAGCCCCAUUGCUCCUUCAGCACAACGAGUGGUUUUGAGAGUUUGCCCAUGCCUCCCUUUUUCUACCAGUGACCAUGCACAACAUCAUGCAAAGCAUUCAUUGAUGACUGUACUGCAAAUGGUGUUUGUUAGCUUUGUAGGAUACAACUUUAUAGAUUAUAAAUCUCCAAAAAUGCAAUGAAGUUAUGGAUAACAAAGAAGACAAUUCAAAAGAAGUCAAUUUUCUAAUUUAAACAAUAAACAGACAAAGGAAAUUAUUUUGUAAAUUAUGCUUAAGCACAAAAAGCUGAUUCUGUCAGAUGCACCUUAGCGAUAAGAGUAUCCAUGUGCUCCAUUUCUCACGCUUCAUUGAUGAUUAAAGUCCAUUUUGAACCUACAAUCUAUAUCACUCAGCCUGAAGACCAAACCUUGCAACUGCAGUUAUAAUAUAGCCAACCCAAAAGCACCAGGUUAUCCAUCCAUCCAUUUUCUGAGCCGCUUCUCCUCACUAGGGUCGCGGGCGUGCUGGAGCCUAUCCCAGCUGUCAUCGGGCAGGAGGCGGGGUACACCCUGAACUGGUUGCCAGCCAAUCGCAGGGCACAUAGAAACAAACAACCAUUCGCACUCACAGUCAUGCCUGCGGGCAAUUUAGAGUCUGCAAUUAAUGCAUGUUUUUGGGAUGUGGGAGGAAACCGAAGUACCCGGAGAAAACCCACGCAGGCACGGGGAGAACAUGCAAUCUCCACACAGGCGGGGCGGGGAUUGAGCCUGGGUCCUCAGAACUGUGAGGCUGACGCUCUAACCAGUCGUCCACCGUGCCGCCAGCACCAGGUUAUGAUUUGUUUAAAAUGUGACCUCUCUCUUUCAAACUUUGGCCAUGACUGGAUUAAACGCCUGUUGUAGUAUGAUCUCACCAGUAGAAAACUGUUAGGGUGAGCUACUUGUAGCUCACUAUUUUUUGCCUGCUUACUGCCAGCUUAAACACAGCAAUGUUAUUCUUGUGCUACUCGCCAUGGCAGGCACUGCCCUGACAAGCUGCACUCACACAAUGCGCAAUUAUAUGACAAAAUGUUCUGGAUUGGCUUGUUACAUUCGUGGCUUGGGAACAAAUAAUAUGUUCGUACUGUAGUAAGCGUGUAUUUGUAUUGCUAUGCAGUGGCCUAUCCUAAAAGGACUCCGGAAGAAACAUUUAACUAGCACAUGUAAAUGUUUGUAUGCUGCAAUUCCAUAGUACCAAAACUUUUAUAACCACACAGAAAACCAAAUAAAAUGUCAAAGGUUGUCUAAAUAGCCCACCACUGCAACACUGCCAGAAAUAACACACAUGCAGCACCAGGUCAUAGCAUGACAUUACAAAGAGUGUGUCAAAAUGUCUGACGCAAGUAUCAAUAGUUUGCCAUAAAAUAAAUGCUGUAGGAUAUAAAAUGCCUUAAAACACCAGCAGCUUUGUUUGCUCAUGGUGCGGAUGAUUCUGCCCAGUGGGGUGUUUGCUCAUUAUUUGUAUUUAUUUAGAGCAAUACAUUAAAAGCUUAGAGACUGAAUGUAGUUGAUAUGUUACUCGCGUUAGUAUUUCAACUUGCUAUGUAUUUCUGUGAGACACCAUAUCAAUAAAGAUUUGACAUUACUGAGGCUGCAAAGGA